GAACUCCCACAAUGCACCUUGUAUCAACACGGCACUGGUGGCGGCUUCGAGGAGGGGCAGGGAGCGCCCAGGGGACCGGCACGCAGCCCGAGGGUUAUCAGGCGGGGCCCGGGUGUUGAGGGGCGACUGGCAGCCAUGGCGGAGUCGGAGCCUACUCGGCACAGGAGGAAACGCCGCUCCACACCUUUGACUCCUUCCAUGUUGCCCCCACAAGAGACAGAGAAAAGCUCCUAUUUGCAAACCACAGAGAUCUCACUGUGGACCGUGGUGGCCGCCCUUCAGGCCGUGGAGAAGAAGGUGGAUGCCCAGGCCGCCCGGAUACAGAGCCUGGAGGGGCGGACGGGCACCGCCGAGAAGAAGCUGGCGGACUGCGAGAAGACGGCCGUGGAGUUCGGGAACCAGCUGGAGGGCAAGUGGGCCGUGCUGGGGACCCUGCUGCAGGAGUACGGGCUGCUGCAGAGGCGGCUGGAGAACAUGGAGAACCUGCUGAGAAACAGGAACUUCUGGGUGCUGAGGCUGCCUCCGGACAGCAAGGGGGAGGCCCCCAAGGUGCCCAGGUCACUUGAAAACGAUGGAGGGUGCUUUUCGGAGCAGGAGUGGGAGAAUCUGGAGGACUGGCAGAAGGAGCUUUACAGAAAUGUGAUGAAGAGCAACUACGAGGCCCUGGUCUCUCUGAAGGUUCUUGGCCCGCCAGAAGAAGAAGCGGAGUUGGGUACAGGGAUGCUGGGUGACUUGGAGGAGGAAGGCCCUGGUGAUGUCCACCCAGCAGAAGGGGUUAUGAUCAAGCAGGAGAUACAGUAUACUCAGGAAGGCUCUGCGGAUCUUCCUGGAGAAUUCUCAGGCAUUGCAGAAGAGCACGCUUUCCUGAGCCCAGAACAUACUGAACUCUGGGGUGGUCAGGGUAGUUCUGUCUUCUUGGAUCCAGGCCCUGGAGACACUAAUCUGGAGGAUCCCAUCGAGGGCGGUAGAGACUCUGGCAGUGGCGGCACUCUGGGCUGCCCCCCGAAGCAGGAGCCUAGUAGGCAGGUACAGCUGGAACAGCAGUGUGGCCAGGGCGUAAAGCUGAAAAGGGAUGCUUCUGGCCCUUAUGAAUGCUCCGAGUGCGAGGUCAGCUUCCGCUAUAAGCAGCAGCUAGCCGCGCAUCUGCACACCCACUCGGAGUCGGGCAUGGCCUCGGAGCCAGAGGAGAGCCUUAGACCCAGGCCACGACUUAAGCCCCAGUCCAAGAGGGCAAAGCUGCAUCAGUGUGACGUGUGCAUGCGGAGCUUCAGCUGCAGGGUGAGCCUGGUAAUCCACCAGCGCUGCCACCUGCAGGACGGGCCCAGUGCUGGCCACUCUGUCCAGGAGAGGUUCUCGCCCAACAGCCUGGUUGCCCUGCCCGGCCACAUCCCUUGGAGGAAAAGCCGGAGUUCCCUCCUCUGUGGUUACUGUGGCAAGAGCUUCAGCCACCCAUCUGAUCUGGUGCGGCACCAGCGCAUCCACACGGGCGAGCGGCCCUACAGCUGCUCAGAGUGUGAGAAGAGCUUUGUCCAGAAGCAGCACCUUCUGCAGCACCAGAAGAUCCACCAGCGGGAGCGGGGCGGGCUGACCCUGCAGCCGGGAAGGCCCAACGGCCUGCUUUAAGGGUGCCGGCCCCUCGUCUGUCUGGGGGGCGAAGGGGCUGGCAUCGGUCCCCCUGAAGAGACACUGUGCAGAGUCAGGGACUGACUUCUUCCUGAGGGGAGUCGCGUUGAUUUGCCUUCCCUUGGCCAAGCACCAGGCCGAGCCCAGACACUGUGCUGAAAACUGUGGAGGAGGAGGAGUCGGGGGCCGCGCCUCUCCCUGCCGUCUCUACCCUGCUGUGGAGCUUGCUGUCUCGGGCACCUUCACGUCUCUGGUUUUCUCAUCCGGGCUGAUACUCGUGGGCUGGGGUUGGCCCUCUGACCCUGCAGGGACCGGUGGCUGCUUCUAGGGCCUGUCCCAGCAUCUCAGGUCUUCCCGGGAGGUUGGGUCAGGUCAGUGGAGCGAGCAGGUGGGCGAAAGUGUUCUGGGAAGCGUAUAACCCUCUCUUUCCUCUUCUUUUGUAGUCUCUUUGUUAAUAACAAGUAGAGGACAUAAUUUAAAUGACUGCUUACCCUGUUCUGAAGGAACUUUUUUGGAAUUAGAUUUUAGUUGAUUUAAAAAAAAAUGCAGUCUGACCUUGUGUUCUAAAUUUCCCGCAUUGUAGAGGUUGUUCCUAACAUGGGGACUGGGCCUGCCCUCUAGGAGGGAUUUGUUUAUGGGGCUCUUCUAGCCCACCCACACUUAGUUAGGCCAGAGAUCAGGGGGCAGAGUGCUGGGCUCCCUGUCGUGGGGGUCCUUGGCAGUCUCACGAGGGGCUACCUGAAGCCAGAGGAGCCAGAGGAGGAGAGCAGUAGGAGUAGACCCCCAAGCCCCUGCUGAGAACAGAGUCCCUCAUGGAGCCAAGAGCUCACUGCUCGGGAAUCCCGGUCUCUCACCGCACCCUCCCUCUUCCCACCUGGUCCUCGCUGGGUUCUGCAGCCGCCCAGGGUAGAAGACUACUUCGUUCCUUAUGGUUGUCUGACUCGUUCCGGUGGGUGUUGGAGUUUGUUCUUACUACACCAGUUGUUGAGAUUGUGCAGAUUACACAUGUUCCAAAUUAGUUCUGGGAUUGACUGUUCCAGAGACGGUGGAGAAAAAGCGCAGAAAUGCUUAUUUCCCAGGAGUGUUGAAUGCUUGCCUCACUGUUGUCUGGGGAGAUGGGAGUGGGCUUCUGGGUCCUAUGUGAGUGUCCCCUUUGAUGAUUUGCAGUUGCCUAGAAUAAAACUUGCUACUAGCAAAAAAAAAAAAAAAAAAAAAAAAAUGCUCACGUUGGAUAUUUUUCUCCCUUUGUCAAGAAUACCGAGAUGGAGGGGCGCCUGGGUGGCUCAGCCAAGCGUCCGACUCUUCAUCUCAGGUCGUGGUCUCAUGGAUCGUGAGUUCAAGCCUCGCUUGAGAUUCUGCCUCCCUCUCUCUUCUCUCUGCCCUUCCCCUGCUCUCUUUGUGUCUCUGUCUCUCUCUCCCUCUCCCUCUCCCUCUCUCCAGACAAACAAACAAUAUGGAAGAGGUGGCUGACCUGGAGCAGUGACAGAGGCAUAAAGUCACAGCCUGACCUGCAUUUUUACUUCAGUUUAGGACAGACGAGAAGAGGGCAUGUACGAGGAUGUUCGUGGGACCUUGUUUGUGAUCGAGGGCCGCACACAGUCUGGGUGUUGGUUGUUGGGAGAUGGAAGGAAGAGAGGGCAGGUAGGGUGUGAUCUCAGGGGGUACUGGGUAGCAGGAAUGUCGGCUUGGAUAUGCAUGUGGCCACAUUGGUGGUUGAUGUUAAACAUGCAGUGCCGAGUGGGAAAAUGUAAGCAACUGGACGAGAUCUAUGACAAUACCAUUUAUAUGAAAUGCACGUACACAAAACAUUUUGUAAGAACACCUGGAAACCAAAAGUGACACCUUAAAGGCAUUACAGUUGCCUAUGGGAGCGGUGAGAGGGACGUGGAGAUAAAAAGGAAUAAAUAAAUAGAUAAAAAUAAACGCAGGUCGCUGUAAGGUAUGGGACUGGCUUGGUGUAGAAAUUGAACAUGAAGGGAACGCAGGCGCCGUGUUCGGCUGAGGUGUCGGGCUUCGUUAUAUGUAGGAAAACCUCUGGAGCUACUCCAGGUUCCUUCUAUAGGCUCCUGCCCCCAAGCUUUUUUGCAUCCUGGAUUCCCCUAAAUCCCAUCCUUGAAUAUCCUUACCUGCCAGUUGAGUGUCUUAAUGUGACCAGUCUUUGGCAUUGUGGGGAGAAAAACAAAGGACAGGAUAGGAUUCUGGUUCUCUGGCAGUGUUUAAGUUUUCCCUGAGGCAGGAGAACAAUUUAUCAGGCCUUUGGACUACUGUAAUAAUGGCUGAUAAUUGCUGAGCCCUCAUGUGUGAGGCACUCUUUUAAAAGUGAACUCAGCCCUCACACCAGCCUCUUGGGGGGUACGAUUAUACCCCGUUUCACAUCUCGCGUUCUGCGAGAUGAAGUGACCGGCGGAGGUUGCUGGCAACCCAGGCCAUCUUGCCUCAGAGCCCAUACGCUUGACCACGGGUGCUUCUGGUUGACCGUAACCAGGCACCUCGGGUCCAGGCUGGGUUCUGAGUCUUUGUUACCCAAAGCGUGGGUUCUGCACCAGCGGCAUCGGCAUGGCCGGGGAGCUUUGUAGAAAUGCAGACUCAGACCCACCGAAGCCGAGUCUGCAGGUUUUAACAAGAUCUCCGGGUCUGUGUCUGCGUCUGUGUCUGCGGUGCCUUCUUGAGUGUGAUAGAAAAUACCAACCUUUUGCCGGCUCUGCUAGGUGCCGGGAGGGAAACGGGAAAUGGAGCUGUCGGAAGGACAAGGAUGAUCAAGUUAGGAAAUUUUAAAUCGACAAUAAGGAAGAAUUAAAUGCCGAACGUUAGUGACUCUCAUCUGUCCUGUCUUCUCUCCUUCCUUUCCUACAGAUUAGGGUCCCGAUUGUUGCCCACCUAAACUGUCCGGUAGCCUAACUGCUCUCCGGCCCUUCACCACAUCCUUUAUGCUACCAGAGUCAUUGUCCUGGCACACGAAUUGGAGAAGGGCUUUCCUCCAAGACAAAGAGCCGGCUUUUUAGUGUAGAACUUACACUUUGACCGCCUAGAACCUAACCUGCUCCGAGCUUCUUCCCCUUUCACUCUCUAAAGUAUCCUUGCUGCUGCCACAUUGGGCUGCCUGCCACUUAGUGAAUAAGCUGUGCCUUCCAUUUUCCAGGAAUUCCCUUCUUUGUGAACCAAAUACUAUUUAUUUUUCGCUGCUCAGUUUAAAUUUUUUUUUUUUUAAUGUUUAUUUUUGAGAAAGAGUGAGACAGCGCGAGCAGGGGAGGGCCAGGGAGAGGGAGACACAGAAUCCAAAGCAGGCUCCAGGCCCCGAGCUGUCAGCACAGAGCCCGACGCGGGGCUGGAACCACGAACCGGGAGAACAUGACCUGAGCCGACGUCGGACGCUCCACCGACUGAGCCACCCAGGCGUCCCUCGCUGCUCAGUUCAUAAGCCCCCUUGUGUGAACGCUUCCCUCAUGUGUUUCUUUUAUUCCACAAAUCUAUAUCACACCUGUCAUCUAGGCACUUUUAUUUUUAUUUAUUUUUUUUAAUUUUUUUUUUUUUUUGAUGUUUAUCUUUGAGACAGAGAGAGAGAUGAUGUGAGCGGACAAGGGGCAGAGAGAGAGGGAGGCAGAGAAUCUGAAGCAGGCUCCAGGCUCCGAGCUGUCAGCACAGCCCGACGAACAGCUGGAAGUCAGACGCUCAACCCACUG